GAGGAGAGAGUUGGCUGGUUCACUGAUAUUUUAGAGUUUGGAGGAAAUGUGAGCCGAGGGUGAGAUCUUCAGAAGAAAUAAACUCAACGAGACUCUUCAUUGGCAUUCAUAAGGAGUGAAGUAGAUAAGCGAAAUGGAGGAAAUCAAAUACAGAGGAAAGAAAAGAGAGGGAAGACACAGGGAUACGUGGGAUCCAUUCCAGCUAAACCCAAUCGGAGCUGAGAAGGAGAGCAAGAGAAGAUGUUUCCAACUGGCCCAGUACCUGGUGGCUGCUUUAGUUGGUUUAGCUGUCUUGGCCAGCGCCGUUGUUGCAAAGGGCUCCCUCUUGGUAUUAUCAACCCUGUCGAGUCCGACCUCCAUGCGAAGCCCAAAGGAAAAACAGUUCUACAUGCUGAUGUUGGUUUUCUGCCUGGUCUUCCCCAACAUCCUGGUUUUCCUGAAGUCACUUUGGAGGUGUGCCUUCAAGAGCUUUGUGAAACCCAACAUGAGGACCAUGUCGUUUAUAUUUGCCAUCGAGAGUCUGGUGUCGCUCGGUACUUCGACCCUGGUGCUUGUCGUCAUGCCUCAGUUUGAUGUGUUGACCAAUCUCUUUAUCAGCGGAGGAGUCUGUAUUGUUUCUGCCAUUCUGCAGAUAAUAUACAGACUACAGAGAGAAACGUGGAAGAUUGUAUUCCCAAUCUGCUCCCUCAUUCUCACAGUCGCUGGUUACUGCCUCCUGGGGAUUGACUACUAUGUGCGCGUGUCAUCAUACGUGGAUCGACAGGGCGCCGACUGCUUCAUAUACGUUGGGAUUGGAAUUUUCUCUUCCCUCCUGAUCUCUCUGUGCUGGUGGGAAAAUCCGCUGCAAGCUACUAAUAGCAUGCAGGAAACGCUGACAGAAUUGGAUGGUUUCAGGGACUUUGUGUUUGUCAUCAGCAGCAUCCUGAGGAUAAUAGUGAUCGGAGUCGUGUACCUAAUCUACCAUGUGCUGAUUGAGAAAUCCAUCAUUUGGAAAGACUUCAACCUACAGGAUGAGGACUGGGAAUUACUGCAAAUAGGACUUGUGCUGCUUUUCCUGCAGGCCUUCUGCUCAGCAGCGUGCCACUGGUUCGGUGUGGUGGCCUGUAAGAUCCAUUCGGUGAGGAUGAGUUUUGCGGUGCCAGUUUGUUCCACAGGACCUGCGGUGCUGCUGUUGGGACUGAUACUUUUCAUAACGCAAGCACAAAGUCUAGAAGGAGCACAGAGCGGGAGCAUCACGGAGUUUUGUGAAAGCCUCGUCCACUUGAGCCAUAAGAACACAACCCCUGUGGUUUUACUGGAAAUCACAAGGAGCAUUUGUCGGACUUCACUCAACAGCUAUUACUUGCAAUGGCCCUUUUCAAUGCUGGCACUGGAGGGAGUGUGCAUGUGGUCGGGCUUUGUCACGUGUACCUACUAUGUAUGGAAGAUCAAGGUCCAGCGCAUAGAGAGAACCUCGCAGCUCUUUGUUCGCCGGCUCUAUGAAUCCGCUUUUAUUGACCUGUCUCUGCUACUCAACACCAAGAUGAAGGUGCCCCGAGCGCGAAACCAGGAGAGCGGUGAUGACAUGCAGAAGUGUGUGAUCUAUCUGUGUGCCACCAUGUGGCAUGAGACCUACGAUGAAAUGCUGAAAAUCCUCACCUCUAUGUUCAGGCUGGACCGCUACCGAGGUGAUCCAAAGGAGGAGCACAACGACUGUUUUGACUUUGAGUGUCACAUUUAUGUAGAUGAUGCCUUCAUGACUGAAAAGGAAACAGGAAAGAGGCUGGUUAACUCUUACGUUACUGACUUGAUCCAUGUGGUCAUAGAGGUUUACAGGGUGUUUACCAACAAAGAACCAGAUGAUGUGUCGAUCAUCAUGACCCCCUACGGUGGCAGGAUGAUGUUUGUUAUGCCAGAGGGCAACAUGCUCUAUGUUCAUCUGAAAGACAAGAAUCUCAUCAAGAACAAGAAACGAUGGUCCCAGAUUAUGUACAUGUACUAUCUACUCGGCUGGAAGGGCUACAUCGUCAAGAACCCUCAAAAGAUGAAACGCCAGCACAACCCAUCAAGGGAGAGCAUGGUCUCCAUGUAUGGAGACAUUUUUGUGCUGCCCCAGCAUGACAAUGACUACAAGAGAAAAUUCAUCUCAGACGACAACACUUACAUCCUGGCUCUGGACGGAGACACCGACUUCCAACCAAAAGCUGUGAUUCUGCUUGUAGACAGGUUGAGGAUGUAUAGCAACGUAGGUGCAGCGUGUGGUAGGAUCCACCCAACUGGUAUGGGUCCCAUGGUGUGGUACCAGAAGUUUGAGUAUGCAGUGGGCCAUUGGCUACAGAAGACAGCAGAGCACGUGCUCGGCUCCGUGUUGUGCAGUCCAGGAUGCUUCAGUCUGUUUAGAGGAUCCGCCCUGAUGGAUGACAAUGUGAUGAAGAGAUACACAACUACUGCAACCAGAGCUUCGGAAUAUGUGCAGUAUGACCAAGGGGAGGAUCGUUGGUUGUGUACUUUGUUACUGCAGCAAGGGUGGCGUGUGGAGUACAACGCUGCAUCAGAUGCAUACACCAACUCACCAGAGGAGUUCAAAGAGUUUUAUAACCAGAGGAGACGAUGGGGACCAUCUACACUGGCUAAUACACUGGACCUUCUGCACAGUGGUCCAGAAACAGUGAAGAGAAAUUCAUCCAUCUCCAGGCUUUACAUCUUCUACCAGAUGUUCACCGUCAGUUCCUCUAUCCUCGGUCCAGCCUCUGUGACUCUCAUGAUAGCAGGUGCUUUCCAGUUCGUCUUCAAAAUCGCCGGCACAACUUCCAUCAUCAUCGCAAGUGUUCCUCCCGUGUUCUACGUCAUCGUCUGUUUCGUAGCCAAGCCCAAUAACCAGAUCACCAUUGCCGCCAUUAUGAGCAUUCUGUACGCAUUCCUCAUGACUGCGUCCUUUUUUUCCAUCAUUGGUGACAUGGUGAUUCAGGGCACCUUCCUGACUCCCACCGGCUUGUUUUUGGUUUCAAUGGCAAUCAUGUACGCAGUGACAGCCGUGCUACACCCAGAGGAAUGGGCAAUGAUCAUCUAUGGUCUGAUGUAUUUCAUCUGUAUCCCCAGUGGAUACCUCCUACUGACCAUCUACUCACUGGUCAACAUGCACAUUGUGUCGUGGGGCACAAGGGAAUCCAGCAAGGGAGAAGGAGAGGUGAAGAAGAACCAUAAUAUUCUGUGUGACCGAAAAUGCACACUUUGCUGCUGGGACAUGAAGUUACAGGUAACACAGGAGUCAGAGAAUCUGAUGCUCCGUCAGAUUGCAGGCCAGACUCUCCAACAAAUUCCGGCCCUUGCCAUCACCAACCAGCACUCAUUGAUUCAAAAUGCAGAGCCCGAAGCCAAAGUUGAUACCAAACCAGAAAAGGCCGUUAACAAAUCUAGUGGUGACAAACAGAAGGGGAUGUUAGGAAAAGGCAACGACGCUGCUUCCAUGAGCAGUGAGGACACUCUGUACAGAAACAGCAUAACACCGAGCCUGUCGGACCACGGGGACCGUGAGGAGGAUGACGACUUAAUGGUCGCCGACUACGAGGAUCAAGAGCUUACUGUGAAAGACUGGGUAGAGCCGGUGAAAGAAGAAUUUUUGAAGAAGCUGACUUACGCCAACAUGAAGAGAAACCUGCAGGAACAAAUACGAUACGCACUCCGUAACAAACAAGAGGAUGACGUAUGUGAGGAGUUGGUCCUGAUGUUAACAGACACUCUUAGCAGAGAGCUAAGUGAUGUGGGACCGGAAGAUGUUGUGCCACAAACCCAGCUGGAGGAGUUAGGAUGUUCCCUGGAAGAGCAUGCUCGGCGCAUCCUCAGAACCAAUCAAAUGGAGAAGUUAGAAAAUCGAGUCAAGGCAGCAAUCAAGAAAACGCUCACCGCACCGCAAAUAGAAAACCUUGAUGAGGGUGAGCAGGACUUCUGGAACAAGUUACUCGAACGCUACUUGACGCCUAUUGUUGACACUAAAGCGCACACGGAGGAAAUCACCAAAGAACUAAAGUCACUACGCAACAAGGCUGUGUUCCUGUACUUCAUCAUCAACGUGCUGUGGGUGGUUGCCACUUACUUCCUGCAGGCCAUCGGCACGGAUGUCCUCAGCAUCAAGAUCCCAAAAUUUUUUCCAAACGGAACUCAAUCUGACGAAACCCUCAACGUGGAGCCUCUCAGUUUGAUGUUCCUGUUUUCUUUCGCUAUUCUUCUCCUUAUCCAGUUUCUGGCCAUGUUAUAUCACAGAGUCUACACUCUGAUCCACGUGGUCUCAUAUCGCAGCUCGGAGAAGGACUACAAAGAGAGGAUCGAGGAGGAAGACGAUGAUUGCUUGACUCUGGAGAACGCAGAUGGACUUUCCUUUAACAAUGAUGACCUGUAGUCCAUAACAACCCACUGAAACCAGUGAAAGCCAGCGACCAGCGAGCCUUAGCAUGACCUGCAGCAACCCCUUUACCAGCAGGUCCCUCCCCACCGAAGGGCUGGCAAUCUGCUUUUCAGCUUUCACAGUGCACCAAAUUCUGUGAACGUUUGUGGUUGAACAGUGUAGAGUGCUUGUAGACAGGCCAGUACUUUAUCGGGAUGUCACCGGAUAUCAUCUAAUUAUGUUCUACAUAAUAGUAUUUUAGCAUUCUUUAAUCAUCAAGUAAUUUGUUUGACUGCAACUGCUCUUAAGACUCGCAUAUAUUGUAUUUCAAGGGUGGUUGAAGUCUCCAAAAUGAUGGAUGUUAUUAUCUGGAAUGAGGGUUGACAGAAUUGAACAACAUCCUUGUAGAGGACCCACUACAUAAUUAGUAGAAAUGUAAAAUGUUGUAGUUUGUUUUUAUGUGCUUUCCCCCCAGAUCUUUGUUUUAUUAAUCACCUUGAGAUGGAGAUUGACAUUUUAAUUUGUCCAAUGUAUUUAUGAGCUUCAUGUCAAUUAAUUUAAAAAUACUUGAAUACAAUGCUCCAAGAAAAUGAGUCUAAAGACCUUUUCGAAUGCAACAUUUGCACAUAAAAUAUUGUGAAAAAUACUUGUUAGACCUUGCAUAUUUUAAACCCCAAUGCUUCGUG